AUGGCCCGAGCCAAGAGACGGCGAACUCACAAGAAGGUUGCCCCUCCGCCUGCUGCCGGCCCUCCGCCUUCACUUACCCCCUCGCCUCCAGAGGACUCUUUCCCCUUCAUGUCUCUUCUCCCCGAGAUUCGACUCAUGGUUUACGAUUCUGCCAUGCCAGAUGAAGUCCGUCUCAGUAACAGGAAGGCCUCCCCGGGACUCCCUCCCACCAUCAGAGCUCUCAUGAGGGUCAAGGUCAUCCGAGACGAGCUCAUCCCGCAUCUGUUUGGAAGGUACCACUUCGAGUGGACUGAUGCUCACCCACGGCAACAAUUUCAGCGCGAUUUGGAGUGGGAAUGCUUCAAACGCCAGGUCGUCCCUUACAUCAACAGCCUCAGCUUCCGGUUCACACGUCCGGUCUCGCGUCCCAGGAAGCAGUCCUCUUAUGAACCAUUGGACCGUUUGCUCAGGUGGACUCGAUGGCGCAGCCUGCGACCCCAUCUCCACCCGUGGAGCCUGAAGAAACUGACGUUGGUGGAGGCAAAUGAGCCAUUCUCAAAUCGGCAACCACCAUACCGGACCCCCGUUGAUGUUUCCUACGGUCCUGAUCGCUUUCUCACAGACGUUUCUGUCGUUCCUGGUCUGGAUUCCUUGAGGAUCGUGCUCAAAGACCACGCCGGCGAGGAGGCUGUAAAGGCAUUCCUUGAGCGAUGUGAGAGCUGCGAAAUCGACGGCAGAAUCGGAUACUGCCCAUACGGCCAAGAAAAGGUUUCCGAGUGGUUCCGUCUUCAGGACAAUCAAGUUGUCCGCAUGGCUGGCUGA